AUGGAUUCAACAACUCCCGCAGAUCCGACCGAAGAGAGACGGGAUGAUUCACUGCGAACUGUCACUCCGGAGCCUGGGGCCAUUGUCGACGCGGCUGGAAAGCCGGGCACGCAGGUCACAUCAGCCGAGGUCGUGUCUGGAGCAGACCAGCCACCAGAUGGCGGAAUUACGGCCUGUUUUAUCCUCAACUUUGUCGACCUCGGGUUCACUUACGGGUUCGGUGUGUAUCAGGAACAGUAUAAGCUCCGGGAGUUCGCAGAUGUGUCCGCCACACAAAUUGAUCUCGUGGGAUCGAUUUGUGUCGCUCUCACGCUCUUUUUGGGUGCAUUUAUGGGCCGGCCGUGUCAACGGUACGGCAUGCGCGCAGUAUCCAUCGUCGGCUCUAUCGUCUUCUUUGUCGGCACCUUGUCGGCCGGCUUCUGCACGUCCAUUCCCACCCUGAUUGUCACGCAAGGGAUUAUCCAAGGUGCUGGAGCUGGGAUGCUUUUUGUUCCUGGCGCUGCUAUCCCAGCACAGUGGUUCGCACGCCGACGAGCACUUGCGAUUGGGAUCGGUGCAUCCGGGGCUGGACUGGGUGGUGUCUUCUGGUCGCUUAUCGGACGGUUACUCAUCUCGCAGCUCGGACGUCAAUGGGCCCUCCGCGUAUCGUCGUUCAUUAACCUCGGCCUGUGCGUCAUCGCUAUCGUCUUUCUUAAGGAGCGCAAGACACGAGAGGCGAGAUGGCGAGAGGGAGAGAAGGACGAGCCGAUAUUGGACUGGCGGAUGUUCCGGGACCCAGUAUUUGCCGUUCUUUACUGUGCGAGUGCGGUGAGCGUUUUCGGAUGCGUCCUCCUCCGCCUCGCCCCCACCCUUACUAAUGCAAACACGCAAGUGAGCAUGAUGAACCUCGGCUCUGCCUCCGGGCGCAUCAUCCUCGGUGCGAUCGCGGACACCCGUGCUGGGCGGUUCAACACCGUCCUGGCAGGGAUGUUCUGUGCGGGCGCGAGUCAGUGGUUGUUUUGGAGCUUGGCGAACAAGAGCGGGAGCUAUGCGCUGUGUAUGGUGUUGGCAAUUGUUUACGGGCUUUGUGGGGGUGGGUAUAUUGGUAUAUUCCCCGUCGUCCUAGCACACGCUUUCGACCACACCCGACUGGCAGCCAUUACAGGCCUCUUCUUCACCUCUGAACUCGUGGGACAACCCACCGGAGGCCCCAUCGCAGGCGCGAUAUUACAGAGCAGCGGGGGCAACUAUUACCCCAUGAUCGCCUACUCCGGGGCGUCGUUGGUUUUGGGGAGCGCUUUGGGCUGGGUAGCGAGGGGGUUGGAUCUGAGGAUGCGCCAGAAGGGGGAUGCUGGGGGAGAGGGUGCUUGA